UUCUGUGCACCUUUAAGCACGGUACAGUUUGUCGGGCGGCGGUGGGCGGCGAGGAGUACGCGGCGUGUCGAUCUUUUUCCUUGUAGGGUUUGAUAUAAGAAGAAGUAACAGACAGAACGGUACAUAUAAUCAGGGAUGUCACUGAACAAGAAGCUGACGAUAGAAGCUCUUAAUGUCGUUGGUCAACGGGUCCUCAUGAGGGUGGACUUCAAUGUACCACUGAAGGAUGGAAAGAUCACCAACAACCAAAGGAUUGUGGCUGCUCUGGACACCAUCAAGUAUGCCUUGGACAACCAGGCAAAGUCUGUGGUGCUGAUGUCCCAUUUGGGAAGGCCAAAUGGCCACAGGGAUGGAAAAGCAUCCAUGAAGCCUGUAGCUGAGGAACUCAAGAAACUGCUUGGAAGAGACAUCACAUUCUUAAAUGAGUGUGUUGGUCCAGAGGUGGAGAAGGCUUGUGCGGACCCACCAGCUGGCUCGGUUAUCCUGCUGGAGAACCUCCGGUUUCAUGUGGAGGAGGAGGGCAAGGGAGUCAAUGAGAAAGGAGAAAAGGUGAAGGCGGAGCCGGCCCAGACGGCCACGUUCCGCCAGUCGCUGCGUAAGCUCGGCGAUGUGUACGUCAACGACGCGUUCGGCACGGCGCACCGGGCUCACAGCUCGAUGCUGGGCGAGGGGUUCGAGCGACGCGCGGCCGGCGCGCUGCUGAAGCGCGAGCUCACCUACUUCGCCAAGGCGCUGGAGUCGCCCGAGAGACCGUUCUUGGCGAUUCUGGGCGGUGCGAAGGUGCAGGACAAGAUACAGCUGAUCGAGAACAUGCUGGACAAGGUGAACGAAAUGAUCAUCGGUGGCGGCAUGGCCUUCACCUUCCUCAAGGAGCUCAAUGGCAUGAAGAUCGGAAGCUCGCUGUACGACGCUGAGGGUGCGAAGAUAGUUCACCAGCUGAUGGAGAAGGCAAAGGCCAACAACGUCCAGAUCCACUUGCCCGUGGAUUUCGUCACCGCCGACAAAUUCGAUGAAAAGGCCCAGGUGGGCGCGGCCUCGGUGGAGGGCGGUGUGCCCGACGGCUGGCUGGGGCUGGACAUCGGCCCCAAGACUGUCGAGGCCAUCAAACCUAUCAUCUCGCGCGCCAAGACCAUCGUCUGGAACGGGCCCCCCGGCGUGUUCGAGUUCGAGCCGUUCUCGGGCGGCACCAAGGCGAUGAUGGCGGCCACAGUGGAGGCCACGCGCGCCGGCGCCACUUCCAUCAUUGGCGGCGGUGACACGGCCACGUGCUGUGCCAAGUACGGCACCGAGCAGCUGGUCAGCCACGUCAGCACCGGCGGCGGCGCCAGCCUCGAGCUGCUCGAGGGGAAGGUGCUUCCAGGGGUUGCUGCUCUGUCCGACAACUGAACCACGGAGCACGAUUCAGAGGAACAGUCAGAGAAGCAUUAGAUGCGACUGCCAGUAGAAGUCAAUGUUCACGUUUGCGCCCCGCCGCUUUAAAUGUGAUAUGCUGCGCAGUUUUUCUGGAUCUAUUGCAUCUAUAUUCUGCUGUUAUGUGCAAGUUUCAGAUGCAUUUUACUGUGGGCGGCGACAGGGAAGACAGAAUAGUGUACUGUGUAGCAGAAAUUCGGGUUUGGUCCUUCUUUGUGAUUGAUGUAGUAUGUACCAAUACAUAUGGAAAUAACA